GGUUAGCGCCACGAUUCGCGUCGGAUACGUACCGCCACUAUUUCCGUUUCCGUCUCCAGGAAAGUAAAGAAUGAGAUGAGCACGUGGAUGUGAAGUGGUGAAGUUUUUUAACGAUAUUUAUUAAAUGAUCUAUUAAUUUCUUUAACCUUAUAAAUGUGAAAAAGAAGAAAGGGGAAUUAAAUUUCUAUUCUAUUAAAUAAAAAAAUGGAGCGAAAAGACGAGCAGAGAAAUGUAAAAUUGAUUGAAAAAGUUAAUAAAAGGGAAUCCAUAACAAGAAAGCUUAGUAAGGGAAAUAUUCGUAAAUCCAAGGAUAUUAGUUCCACGAAAUCUGAAAAUUUCAAGACAUUAAAUGAAGAGAAUGGUAAAAUAGUGAAACGUGGCUUAAAACGAAAACGUACUGUAAAUGAUGGUAUACAAAAUAAACUUUCAUCUGAAAAUAUAAUUUCGAAAACUAUUAGUCUGGGUGUAAAAAAAUUAAAAAAACGGAAGAAAGUAGAUAAUAAUAAACAAAAUACAGAUACAUUAAAUUUAACUGACUUGUCAAAAGAACAUAUACUUCAAUGUAUCAGUGCUAUUUUCCAUUUAAAUGAGGAGCAAUUGAAAAAUAAAAAUGCUUUAUUUGAAGGAGAGUCCCACCCAAUAUUUAUGCAAGUAACAUGCAUAAGAGUACCGAAAACACCAAGGAGACACAUGAGAAUAUUAUUACCAUAUUCAAUAGUUUCUGAAGACGAUGAAAUUGCAUUAUUUGUAGGCGAUCUACAAAGAGGUAGAAGACAAGAUAAUGAGAUAACAGUGGAGCAUUAUGAAGAAUUAUUACACAAACAUGGUUGCACAAACAUAAAAAUAAUAUCUAUGAACCAAGUUAAAACUGAAUACGAUCAAUAUGAGUUAAAAAGAAAACUUGUUGGAAGCUAUGAUCAUUUUCUUGUAGAUGGAAAAAUUGCUGGACAUUUGUCUCAUUUAUUAGGGAGAGAGUUUUACAAGAAAAGAAAAUUACCAGCAUCUAUUAGGUUGAAAAGUAAAGAUCUGAAACAUGAAAUAGAAUAUGCUUUAAAAAAGACUUGUAUGCAGUUGCAUUCAUGUGGUGAUACUCAUAUUGUUCAAAUUGGACAUACAUCAAUGAAAAAAGAAGAAAUUUUAGAAAAUGUGUUAGCAACAUGUAUUGGUUUAUCUAAGAAUUAUCCAGGAGGUUGGAUUAAUAUACGUUCCAUUCGUCUUAAAACAGCCAAAAGCCUUGCUAUUCCUAUUUAUACAUCAUUGAGAAAUAAAAAUUCUGUUAAAAUACCAGUGGUACAGGCCAAACGGCCUAAAGCAUAUCGUGAUGUGACAGAUGAAUUAAGUACUGUCACUAAUAAUGUUACAGUCACUGUUAGACCAGAAGGAGAGGUUAUUGUACGAAAGAAGAAUAAAGGUUAAAAAUGAGUAAAAUCAACAAAAAAUUGUAAUGAUUUAUGUAUUACUUUAUUGAAUCUAGUAAAUAAAAUUGAAAAAUUA